AUAUAAUUUAUAAUAUGUAUUGUUAUUGUGAUAUUUCUGUUUUUGAAAAUCUUACGAAAAUAACAAGAAAAAAUAUAUGAGAUUACGUUUCAAUGUUGUUAAUAUUUUUUGAUAGAUACAUAUGUAGCACUGAAUGAUGGAAGCAAACUUCCUCAUAUUACCUCAAAACUUUAAUUUUCAUCAAUUCUGGCGAACGGUUUUCCAACACAAGACAGUCAAUUUUAUGAUAUCUUGGCAAACGUCAGUCGUAAUGCCAAUAUUUCCUGUAUUUCUUAAUGUCUAUGACAUGCACUGGACAAACGAGUACACUUCAAAAAUUGGUAUGGGUAUUUAUCAUUCUGCUGUGGAGGUCCAUGGCAGAGAGUUUGCUUUUGUUGGUCAUGAGUUUGCAUCAACUGGCCUGGUUGAUUUGGAGCCAAAAUCUAUUACAUCGCUUGGAAUGGAGUCAUUUAAAUUUAGGGAAUCAAUUUACCUGGGUGAAACAGAUCUCAAUAAAGAUGAUAUAAGAGCCAUCAUUCAAGACAUGGGAGUUGAUUUUACAGGAUUAUCAUAUCACCUUGUGACCAGAAACUGUAAUCAUUUUUCAUCUGAGUUUGCCAAGUUACUAUGUGGAAAAGAUAUACCAGCAUGGAUAAACAGAAUAGCAAAUCUUGGCUCUCGUUUACCUUGGAUCUACAACUGUCUUCCAAAAGAGUGGUUGACACCUGAACCAGAAGAUCCAAACAUGCUAGUUCAAUUACCGCCUGCAUCAAAUUAAGUUUAGGUCUAUCCUGUCAAAUAUAUUUUAUAUUUCUAUUAAAUCUGCACAGUGAACAAUAAAGUGGGGGUCAUAACAUGACAUGAAAGACAUUUAAAAUAUAUUUGUAGUAUAUCCUUUAAGAAGUAAUUGCUGUUUGGAAAACAAAUUUAUCAAUAAGUUUCUUA